GAUGCCGCCGAGAUGGGCAAGGUGCUAUCCAAGAUCUUCGGCAACAAGGAGAUGCGGAUCCUGAUGCUGGGGCUGGACGCGGCCGGCAAAACCACCAUUCUGUACAAACUGAAGCUGGGCCAGUCCGUCACCACCAUCCCCACCGUGGGCUUCAACGUGGAGACGGUCACUUACAAAAACGUCAAGUUCAACGUGUGGGAUGUGGGGGGGCAGGACAAGAUCCGGCCCCUCUGGAGGCACUACUACACGGGCACGCAGGGCUUGAUCUUCGUGGUGGACUGCGCCGAUCGCGACCGCAUCGACGAGGCCCGCCAGGAGCUGCACCGCAUCAUCAACGACAGGGAGAUGCGGGACGCCAUCAUCCUCAUCUUCGCCAACAAGCAGGACCUGCCCGAUGCCAUGAAACCCCACGAAAUCCAGGAGAAACUGGGCCUGACCCGGAUCAGGGAUAGGAAUUGGUACGUGCAGCCCUCCUGUGCUACUACAGGGGACGGACUCUACGAAGGGCUGACAUGGUUAACGUCCAAUUAUAAAUCCUAAUGAGAGAGUAACUAUUUAGUCUACAAAGAAUUAAAGAGGAAAAGAGAAAAAAAA